AUGCCAGCAGAGCCUUGCGAAUAUGGUCUCUCUCUUUUACACACUAGUACGGGCGUCGCAGAGCCCUUCCCAAAGCCAUCAUGGAUGACAAAGCCACUACCAGAGGUCUCGGAACACCUCCUCCUGGGAAAGCCCGGUCGCAAACAUCGCAUACCGAGAAGAGAUAUCUAUCUCUUGUUGAUCGAGCUCCUCUGUCUCGUCGUUGGAGUUCUCGUUGGCUUCUAUUCACGAUUCGCCAUUUUCUUGGGACAAAUCAACCAGCUAAUUGCUGUUGGGUUCCUUCUGGCCGUGAUGUCCAUCUGUCUCGAAGGCCUAGUCCUACGCACAGCAGUCAUUCAUACAGCCAGUCGGAGUGGCGCAACGAUUCAAGACCUCGAUGCCUUGAUGAGGAAGGAUCCUCUCGCAUCAAAAGUUCACGCUGCAUACCGUUGUCUUCUAGUUUGUCUGUUUGCCCUGCCCUUAUUAUUGAGCAUAGGAUAUAAAAGUUUCACUGGAGGAGAGAGCACAAUGAAAUUUGAUAAUAGUGAUGGAUUUUUUGGUUUCUCGUCGACCCCUGGGAAACAGAGAAUAGGUGAUGGCCUUUCUCUGCUCCCUGAUAUCUACGUGCCAUUCUGGAUUGAUCCUGCGCUGAACCAAACAUACGGCUUCAACAUGUAUGUAGCUGCUGACAACAAGACCGCCGCGAUACUCGACUCUCCUUUUCCGUCAUACUUGACUAGCCUCCAGUCUGAUCUCUCCGAGGGUGAAAACCUAGUAUUGUCAGCUACAGUCAAUGCAACUGUUUCGGAGAUGGUUAAUCCGACCGACGCCGAACGUAACAGUGAUGAAUACUGGGAAUCUGUUCAAGACGAGUUUGGGCAUCAAAUGACAGUCAACGGCGGGGAUACUGGAGGGGCUAACAAUGCUCUCUGGGCAGGAAUGAGUGGAGGCUUCCUCACCAACUUCUCCGUCAUGUACUUCUCAGCCUGGAAUACAACAAGCAACGAGACAUUCGUUUCUGAGGCCAUUCGAACGGAACAGACUCGUCGAAUGGCGCGAGGCAAAUGGCUGAUAUCUUCCAAGAACAUCACGCUCGUUGAGGCAGACCUCAUCGACGAAGGACAGGCAAACCAAGAGCUGAUCCAACAAAACGCUCUGGGUCUGCAGGAGAUGUUCAGCACCUUCCUAGGAGAGUACGACUGGCACAACAGAGCCGGAGUUUUCGACUUCCCUUACCCGGCUCUCGGGGAGAACGGCGAGCCCCGAUAUUCUCAAAAUGUCAACACAGUACCAGCGCUGGCUGCAGCCAUGGCCUGGGCUCGUAUCACCAGCUUAGACACCAUCGACCGGUCACCCGGCAGUCCUCUGCCGAGUAGCGGGUUGAGAACGCAUACCGGAUACGACAAGGUAGCGCAGGACAUCCAGAUGGUCAAAAUUGUGCCUACGCUGCGCAGACUACCGUUGCUGGUGCUGAUCCUCGUGGCCAACCCGCUACUGGCUAUCAUUUGCGUCGUGGUCAAGGCCCUGUUCCUGUACAAGAGCCCGAUUGGGGACGAGUUUAACAUUGUUUCACUGUUUGCAGCUGUAGAGGGCAGUGACUUGAGUGUGGUCAGGGGUGCUUCGAUAUCUGGCGAGUUGACCCGCCGAGUCGCCGUAGCCUUCAAUGUCAAACAGGAGCCGCAACGGGCCGGUGAUCCUGGGCGAACCGACCGUCUUAUCAUGACCUUAGACACCGGCAGUGGAAAGGAUGGUUAG